GGAACCACCAUGCACUUUUGCUGGUGCACGCGCAUCUACGUGCAAUUGCAAAAAUGGCGACCAAUGCCGAAAGUCAGGUUUCCGGUUGGCUGGAGUCAGUCUCCGACGAAGAAAUGAAAUUUUGUUGGCUGGAGCAAACGCUGUGUACGGCAUAUGGGCGGACAAGUGAAGGACAAAUGGUUGGUGAGGAGCGAGAGAAGGUAUGGCAUACGACCACUGGGAACAAACAGUUUCCGGGCAAAAAAACUCCAGUCGUAACAUGCAUGAAGGGCAAUGUUGGCUUGCUUCCCAACCAGGACAAUUUCUCAGUGGCUUACCUUAAGAACGGGUGGACGCUUGCAUGCUGUGCGGAUGGACAUGGCGUCUACGGUCAUAUGGUUUCCAGUCGGCUUGUUCAGAAUUUACUGUAUGCCCUCGCUCACCGCCUUCAGCCGUGCGAGGAAACGGCCUUCCCUGCUGCCAUUGAAGCUGCCUUCGAAUUUGCGGAGAAGGAUCUCAUUGCGCAUGCGUCAAAAUUUGGGUGGGAAUGCGAGGCCAGCGGAGCGUCAGUUGUGCUUGCAGUCUAUAAAGGCAACACGGUCUACACAGCUCACUGCGGUGACUGCAGGUGCGUGAUCGGUCUGGAGCAUACCGGGGAGUUGGCAUUUGCAACGCAGGACCACAAACCCGAUGUGAUAAAGGAACAGGCAAGGAUCCAAGCCUCUGGCGGAGAGGUUAGGUCUGAAAUCUAUCCAGAUGGAUGGGUAGUGCACCGUGUGUUUGCUGAAGGGAAGGACUUUCCUGGCUUGUGCAAGUCACGAACAAUUGGCGAUCUCAUUGCCAAGAACUACGGCGUCAUUGGGGUGCCGGAUGUGUCAGUUACAGAGGUGAAACUUGGGUGCAAACCUUUCAUGGUGCUAGCAAGUGAUGGCAUUUGGGAAUUUGUAGAUUCUGAGUUUGUUGUGAAGGCCAUUGCAAAAAUCAUAUCAUCUGAUGGGCCCACGAGGACUAGACUUGACAGCUAUGGUGAUGACGAUGACUCUUGCUUUGCCGAGCUCUGGCUCUCGGAUUGAAGCAUUAUCAGUUUUUUUUUCCCAGACACACUCUGAACAUGUGCCAUUCUCAUCCGGCUGUACCGGACGGCGGAGAAACUUCAGCGCGAAGCUCGCAAGCGCUGGAAGCAGGAGGAAGGCAGCUCAUGUGACGAUACCACAGCGAUUCUUAUCCAGCUUGGCUGACUACACAAUGGAUGAUGUACAAGACCAAAGGCGUGAAAUUGAUGCUACAUACAGCUGCACGGAAGGCAAGCGCACAUGAGGAACUACAUGCAAUUCCUGACCCGCUGUGCGCUUCUUUCUUCCGGUGGCGAUUUCAGAGGGACCUACAACACCGUCUAUUUCCUCGAGCCGUUUGACAGCUGGAUGGCCAACAAGGCUUCCCCUAUCCAUGUGCUUAUAGUAGAACUUAUGGUGGAAGCCCGUGCCUGUUGAGCUCAGAAUGAGCAUUGAGCGCAUGCACCAAGCAGGCCUUUGCUGGAGACAAUUUGCCUCACGAUGACUAUUUUUUGCCUUGUGACCUGAGCUGCUUUCUCUUUGAAAACUGUGGCGCAGAAAAAA